AUGUCUACCCCCACCGCGAAAUUGAUCAAGUCCGGCGACAUCUGGCAGAUUGAAGGUCGACCCCGUGAGAACUUCCGAGUUCUCAAUGUCUUCCACCCGCCCAACAUCCCCGGCAAAUCCAUGGUCGUCGGAGUGAUCGACAUGGAUCCCAACGGCGCAACACCCUCACACACCCACGGAGGCGCUGCAGUGGUGGCCAUGGUGGCCUCAGGAACCGUCCUCAACCAAAUGAAUUGCGAGGAGCCGAUUGUUUCCAAGGCAGGGGAUAUCUGGUACGAGGCUCCCGGAUGUCACCAUGUUCGGUCUGAGAACGCUGGGGGUGGGUCAGAGACGGCGCGGUUUUUCGCCGUGUUGAUAGUGGACGAUGAAGUGAUCAGGGAUGGGGUGCAUAAUAUCUUUGUACUGGAUGUUGAAAAAGCAGAGAAAGAGAGCGCACACCUGACACUCCUCAAUCGAAUUCCUCCCCUCUUUGGCUCCGUCUUCAUUCUCACUGUCUUCGAACAUAAGACACACACAUACACUUCCUACAACAACAUGAACGUGCUCGAACUCGACCUGGCGGGCUCAUUCCACCAGUCCAAACCAGCCCGUCGCGUCGGCCUGGCAUGUGCGCCCUGUCGCAAAAAACACCUCCGCUGCGACGCGAGAACCCCCGUAUGUGCCCGCUGCAUCGCUGACAAUAAGCAAUGCGUCUAUGAGAAGUCGCGUCGAGGCGGACGCCGUCGCAAGCCGUCAGAGUCAGCAUCAGGAUUGGGAUCCGGUGGGUAUUCAACAGCAUCGUCUGCACUUCUGACUCCGGGUCUCCCUGCCGAUCAAUUGUGGGUCCCGUCAUCGUCACCGGAGUCUGUCAUGGUGCCAGCAGUUCAGGCACAGGCCAGGAGCACAACAAGUGGCUUAACGACACAUCCUACACCCUCUGCAACGGCCGAAAAUGAUGCCUUAAGAACAGAUCGGCUGUAUAACCUUUACUAUACUUUUUUCCAUCCCGCGCAUCCAUGCGUUUUACCAUGGCGGUUCCUCAGCCAGCGCCUCGAGACAGAGCGCGAGACAAUACAACCGCUCCUUUAUGUGAUGCAGUAUAUCGGGGCACACUAUGCAGAUGACGUUGAUGCGUCGCCACUGGCGACAAUCUCCGAGUCACAAUUAGCUCCUAUACGCAGCAAACAAGCCGCUGCGACCGGGUUCGACGUGCAGGCCAUGAUCCUCUACUCGAUUGCAGUGUACUGGUGCGAUGAAAUAGACCGGGGUGUUAAUUUACUCAAAGAAGCCAUUCAAAUGGCGUUGGAUAUACAAAUGAACAAGAAAGAUUAUGCUACAAAUUUUGGCCAGAAUGACCCGAUGCUGGAAGAAAGCUGGCGUCGCACCUGGUGGCUUGUAUACAUCACGGAUGCCCACAUGGCUGGUAGCACCCAUGUCUACCCAUUUCGCACGAGCAAUAUAGACAUGAGUGUCGAUCUUCCAUGCGAAGAGGAAGACUAUGAAGCUGGGGUAAUUUGCCCUCCGACAACGCUCGAAGUAUACGACAUCCGGGAAUUUCUCCCAGAAGCAGACCGACCCAGCUUCUCCUCUUACGCAGAGCUCAUUGGCUUAACCCGUUCAAUAGACAAAGCCUUAGCAUCCGACUGGUCCAAAAACGCCGCCCUGGUCCACACAAUUUGCGAGAAUGCCGACAUCAGCGUCGCGGCCUGGCACUCGCUACUUCCACCCUGCAAGCGAGACCCGCUACGCAGCGACGGCACCGUCGAUGAAAUCAUGUUCAAAGCCAAGUUCAUCCUCCACGCAUACGCUAUAGAGAUACAUCGUCCAUUAUCAACCUUGGCGUACAGUUCCGUCGAGUCGACCUGCAAAUGCGCACCCCCGGUACCAGCUGAAGACGCCCCAGGAUCAGACACCACUCAAAUCCAGCUCCACACACUCAAAUGUUUGCACGCGAUAGAACAACUCGGGCGGCUCAUGAUACUCCCCGCUAAUAUCCACGCUCAUACCCCAUUCAUCAUCUGCAUGAUUGCCAACGCCACCAUUGCCCAUUUAGCCGCCUGUCGGUACGUAUUUGCCGGGCCGGACCUCCAGCUUGGUCGUGAGAGAAUCCGUCUCAGUAUGGGUACUUUAAAGAGGCUGAGUGAACAUUGGGGGCAGGGAAAGAGAAUUUAUCGAGAAAUGGGGAUUGUUGCGAGGGAGAUCCUGUCCCUUGCGGAUCAGGGGAAGGAUAGUCAUGAUCAAGUUAGAUUCUCUACAAAAGGUACAUUAUCAGGCAUGCCGAAUACACCUGCUGCACUGGAGUUUCCGUCAUUCGACAUGCAUAAUAUAAACGUAGCAGAGUUCGAUUUCUGUGGGUAUUUCGAUGGGGCUAUUGGUGAGGUAGUUGAGCCUGCUUCAUUUCUGGUUGUCUGA